CCGUGAUGGAGGAGGUGGAUCUGACGAAAGUGGGCGAUCAGAAGAUAGGGGGCGGAGAUUUGUACCUAGUCGCCGGCAUAUCGGGGGGGGAGCGGAAGCGCCUGAACAUCGCCACGGAGCUCUUGGGAAAUCCGCGGAUUUUGUUGUUGGACGAGCCCACGUCGGGGCUCGACUCGGUCAUGGGAGAACUGGUCUGCCUCCUGCUAAAAUCCAUCGCGGUCCAGGCCCCCCGGCGCCUAGUUCUCGCAGCCAUCCACACUCCCUCUUCCCGCGUCUUCACGCUUGUCUCCCAUGUGACCCUCCUGACCAGCCACGGCGAGCUCGCCUACUGGGGCCCGCGCGACAAGCUGCUUCUUUUCCUGGAAGGUCUAGGUUAUAGGUGUCCUUCAUAUUUCAACCCUGCAGACUUUAUUCUGGAGCUGGCAUC